AUGGCGAAUUCCACCGCGUUUUACGCCAACGGCACUCCAUCGUCCAUCCAGGACAACAAAACGUCCACUCACAUCAAAACGGCCCUCAUGGUGGUAAUGUUUCUCUGCUUCUUCUUCUUCCUCUACUUCAUUUUGGUCAUCCUGAGCGCCUUCUUCACCACGGCGCAGAUCCGGGAGAACGCGCGAUACAUCCUCUUUGCCCACAUGUUGGUCAACGACACCUUGUACCUUGGGUUGGGAAUUAUUCUGUUCAUGGCCAACGUGCACGUGUUGUAUGUGCCGGGACCUGUGUGCUUCUGGUUGUACGAACUGUCCUCGUCUACGUUCCGGAACACUCCUUAUAACCUGGCAGUGAUGUCUUUGGAACGCUACGUAGCCAUUUGUCUCCCGCUACGACACGCGGAGCUCUGCACGUGCCAAAGAGCUUACGCCGCCAUUGGGGUGGUCUGGAGUUUGGGGUUCAUUCCAAACGUCGCUGAGAUGUUCCUCAUGGGUUCCUCGCUCAAGAACUUCUUCUCAAUCAGCGUGCUUUGCACCCAAGAGGUUCUGGUUCUGAAUCCCAUCCAAAUCAUCAUACGAUCCGUCGCCUUCCUCUUUAACUUCGCUCUUGUGGGACUCGUCAUCCUGUACACGUACAUCAAGGUCAUGAAGGUCGCUCGGCAGAUGACUUCCAACAAGUCUUCUGCUGUGAAGGCCAGCAGGACCGUCAUGCUCCACGCUUUCCAGCUCCUGCUGUACAUGACCUCGCUGCUGUACCUACUCAUGGAACAGUUCCCCAAACAAGAUGCCGAGUUUGUGCCGUUGGCCAAAUUCUUCACCUUAACUUGCCUGCCAAGGUUCCUGAGCCCCGUCAUCUACGGGAUACGAGACGAAUUGCUGCGCAAGCACAUGAAGAAGUUCUACCCAAGAAAGCUUUCAUAA